CAACUCGUUCAUCUGCUGGCUUGAUGAGAGCACACUUUGCCCGACCAUCCAACUCAGGGUUCGCUCACAACGAGGCGUACCUGCAUAACAUAGAUUAGGACCGGUUGCGUUCCCCAUCCCCGCGUCAGAUCCCCCAGCCUCGCCUCCGCGCCCGUCCAUUCGCCAAGCUUCUCCGUGGCCCACUCUUUGAUAAUCCAAAUCACCAUGGCCCCAAUUCCAUCUCGGAUCCUAGGCCUCGCAUAUAUUGCGUUGUCUGCGACUGUCGUCCGCGGACAAAGCUCAACAACCAGCACGUCAGCGUGCGCGAGCACCAUUGCGCCGAAGAAUGCUGCGCCCAGUGUUGCGAGCGGGUGGCGUGCUGAGGUUGUGACGAAUGGACUUGAAGGGCCGAGAGGCAUUAUAUUUGAUAGCGAGGGGGGACUGUUGGUGGUUGAGGGGAAGAAGGGCAUUUCGAGGAUUUCCUUUGGGGGAGAGGGCUGUGCAAGGGGCCAGAGUGAUAGGGAGCUGAUUAUUGAAGAUGAUUCGUUGAACCACGGACUCGAGCUCUCGGAAGACGGAAGGACACUUUACGCUUCCUCGAGCCGUGCAGUCUAUGCAUGGGACUAUGAUGCAGGCCAGGGCCGCAACACCUCUGGUCCGCGGAAAAUCAUUGGAGAUUUUGGGUCUACUGCAGGACACCCAAGCCGGACGCUUCUCUUGUCCCGGAAAGUGCCUGGAAUGAUUCUCGUCAGCCGUGGCAGCCUGGACAACAUCGAUUAUACCACCCAGAACAAGAGUACUGGUGUAUCUACCAUCAAAGCCUUCAAUCUCACCAAUCUUACCGAUUCAUCGACAUACAGCUUCCCCGAUGACGGUCUAAUCCUCGGCUGGGGUCUUCGAAACUCUGUCGGCGUGGCAGAAGAGCCCGUGACAGGCGCAAUAUACUCUGUCGAAAACAGUGUCGACUAUUUUGAGCGAUCCGGCGAGAGUAUCCACCAGAACAACCCCGGGGAGGAGAUGAAUUUCCACGGCUACCUCAACGGCACGCAGACUGACGAGCAGGGCGGCAACUACGGCUACCCGACGUGCUUUGCCGCGUGGAACAUUGAAGAGAUCCCCGAUAAUGAGGGCAUCCAGGUAGGAACGCAGAUCGCUAUCGGCGAGCAAAAUUCUACGCUCAACGACACCUUCUGCAGGGAAGACAGGAUUCCGCCUCGCCUGACGUUCCAGGCUCACCAGGCGCCUCUCGACAUCAAGUUCAAUCCGAACGGCACGGCGGCUUGGGUAACAUUCCACGGCUCAUGGAACCGUGACGACCCCAUAGGCUACAAGCUCUCCUACAUCGCCUUCGAUGGCGCGGGCUCCCCCGUCGCGAACGCCACUAGCAACUCCUCCACCGUCGAUGUCUUCUCCAAUCCGGACCUCUCCAAGUGCCCGGAUGAGUGUGUCCGACCUGUCGGCCUGGCAUGGGACGCUGAUGGCCGCUUGUUCAUGAGCAGCGAUGCGACGGGCGAAAUUUGGGCUGUGACGAGGGAGGAUGGAGGGAGUGCGGAGGAUGCGAGUCCCACUAGUGGACUACCGCCGAGUGGGACGGGAAGUGCGCCGGCUGGGACGAGUAGUCCAGGUGCAGGCAGCGUAAAUAAAGCUUCCGUGGGAGUACUUGCGGUUGUGUGGGCGGCGAUUUUGGCAGCGGUGAUCUGAGCAUGGGUAUCGACUUGUCUAAAUGUCACUUUCGCGAGGUCUUUGUCAUGC